UUAGGUAUUGCUGACGGACAAGAGGAAGAAGGAACCACAGGUGUGGGGAAGCAAGUCCACUUGGAAUGGUGCAGAAAAAAAGAGAAGUGUUCCAACGAUAUUGAAGAUGAAUUAAGAAGGUUAAAAGGCGAAUGUGAGAAGGUUGCUUUAGAAAAAAGUUCUGAGGUAUCGUCACUCUUGGCAGAAAAUACAUUUGUGUGGAAUCAAUAUAAUUUAAUGGAGAAGGACUACACAAAUAAAUUAAGGAGUAAACAAGCUGAAGUAGAAAAAGCAAAAGAGAAGAUAACUAUACUUGUUUCCAGCAUGGAGCUACUGCAGUCUGAAAAUAAUAAAAAGGAUAGCACAGUUUCACAGUUACAAAGUAAAGUGGCUGAUAUGGAGGCUGAGACAAAAAGAUUAAACAAAGAAAUAUCAGGACUUUCAGUGGAGUUGGAAUCUUUAAGAAAGUUCAGGAACAACCAAGUUACACCUGUUUUAAAUCAUUGCACUGAAGGAACUAAAGCAUCUGAAUCGGGAAUCAUUACGAGCAGUGAAAAGCCUGAAGAGGAAAGAAGCCCCAGUUAUUCCCCCUCAGAGACUCCAAAACUGUUCUCUUCCAGCUUCAAGGUUCCAAAACUGAAGCCCUCUUUAAGGGUCCGUUCACAGUUCUUCUAA